UCUCUCUCUCUCUCUCUGUCUUUCCCCCCCCCCCCCCCUUUUCUCUCUCUCAGAUUACUGUACGCAUAAUCAGGCUAUUGCACACAUACUAACCCCUCUCGGAGCUCCCUUUAUAUUUCAAUUUGGGUUCUCUAACAUUGAGCAAUGGCAAAGUACGGAGAGGGUGACAAGCGGUGGAUUGUGGAGGACAGAGCUGACGGUGCCAACGUCCACAACUGGCACUGGGCCGAGACUGACUGCCUCGAUUGGUCCCGAAACCUCUUGUCCAACCUCCUUUCCGGUCUCACCGUAACCGACGGCGAAGGCGAUCUCUUCAUCAAGAUCAAGAAGGUUGACAAGGUUGACGGCGAGGCCUACCUCAACGUUCGCAAGGGAAAGAUCAUACCCGGCUAUGAGAUCAGCGUCACGCUCUCCUGGGAAGGUGAGGCCAAAGACUCCGACGGCAAUUCCCUGCUAAAAGCCGAAGGUCUCGUCGAAAUCCCCUACAUUUCCGACGAGAACGCCGACGAGGACCCCGAAUUGAAGGUCUCCAUCAAGGACGAGGGCCCUCUUGGGAGGAGACUCAAGGAGGCCAUGCUCGCGAAAGGGAAGCCCUUGAUUUUCGAUAAGGUCAGGGUCUACGUGCAGACCAUGGCUAAAGGUGGGCCUGCCAAGGACGAAUUGGAGGUCAAGAAGAUCGUGCCGAAGGCUCAGUCGACGGCGGCUGCAACGAAGCCAAAGGAGCUGGUUGUGGAAAAGAAGGCGGCGGCUAAGAAGGAGGCGAAGAAGGGGUUCAAGACGAUAACUUUGAGCGAGAAGUUUAGCUGUCGGGCGAGGGAUAUGUAUGAGAUACUGAUGGACGAGAAUAGAUGGAAGGGUUUUACGCUGAGUAAUGCAAGGAUUAGCAAAGAGGUGGGUGGGGAGUUUAGCAUCUUUGAUGGGUCAGUAACUGGGACCAAUUUGGAGUUGCAGGAUGGGAAAUUGAUUGUGCUGAAGUGGAGGUUCGCGAAUUGGGACGAUGGCAUUCAUUCGACGGUGAAACUUGCUUUGGACGAGCCAGAACCCGGGGUUACCGUAGUCAAGCUGGCGCAUACUGAUAUUCCUGAGGAAGACAGAUAUGGGAAUGCGACUGUGGUGGAGAAUACUGAGAGGGGAUGGCGGGAUCUUAUUUUCAACAGGAUACGGGCAGUUUUUGGUUUUGGUAUAUGAGAUUUUUGGGAUGUGACCACUUAUGUGUAAAAGUUCUAAUCAAUCUUUUUUCUUUUUUGUAAUGGAAGGCUACUGUGUUUGGAUUAUGUUCACACUCCAAUGUCAUGGAAUAUCUUGAUAGCGUGGAUUUUGUCUAGACUGUCUUUCAAACUAAACUACCACAACUUUAGUGUUUUCUGUAUUGGUAAUUCUUCCAUCAGUUUAGCAAUUUGGUUUCAAUGAUAGAGAUGUUUCUUGUUAAGAUUA